UAAAAUGAUUUGCAGUAAAGUUGAAAUUCCUGUCAUCUCUCUCUCUCUCUACAUCUGGAGCCCACUUUUUUCAACUCCUUUCGCUCCGACUCGGAACCCUAAAUUCAUCGGCACCUGCUUCAGAUCUUUCUCGCUCGAAUCGUUUAUACGAACCCGAAGAUGUCAGGCGCUGCGCUCGACAUGUCUCUCGACGAUCUAAUUAAGAACAACAAGAAAUCUGGCAGAGGUCGCGCCGCCGGUUCUGGCCCCGCUCGCCGCCCCACGAACCGUUUCGCUAAUCGCGUGACACCCUAUUCCGCUCCCAAGGCUCCUGAGACGGCUUGGGGCCAUGACAUGUUCUCAGAUGGCGGUCGAUCUUCCAGUAUAGAGACAGGGACCAAGUUGUAUAUUUCCAAUUUGGAUUAUGGGGUUUCGAAUGAGGAUAUUAAGGAACUGUUUUCGGAGGUUGGAGAUCUGAAAAGAUAUGUUGUACACUAUGAUAGGAGUGGGCGAUCGAAGGGUACCGCUGAAGUACUCUUCUCAAGACGACAAGAUGCUAUGGCUGCUAUCAAGCGGUAUAAUAAUGUUCAGCUUGACAGUAAACCAAUGAAACUAGAACUUGUUGGAAUAAACAUUACAGCGCCUGAUGCUGGCGCUGGAGGGUUUACUUCUGCUGGUUCUUUCGGUGAUUCAAACGUAGCUCCUCGAAGCGGACAAGGAAGAGGUGGUUUUGGAAGGCCACGAGGGGGAAGAGGUCGUGGAUUAGGAAGAGGUCGUGGACAAGGAAGAGGGCGCCGCGGUGGUGAGAAGGUAUCUGCUGAAGAUCUUGAUGCUGAUCUAGAGAAGUACCAUGCAGACGCAAUGCAGACAAACUAAUUGUUCCUUUAGCACACAAUUGCUGGAUUUACUUGCACCUGCAUGUUGGUCUGUAUGUCAGCCUACAUUAAAGAAGGCAGAGAUCUAUAGUACAGGGGCAGCGAGGAAACUUGUUUUAUUUGAUCCGACUGUAAUGAAGAGAUAAGUGUGUAAUUUGGUUUUAUGUAUGUUGUCGUAACUAAAAGGAAAACAGUGUGGAUACAUUGCCGUUGUUGUGCUGCCUGCUUGUAGUGUUCACGAGGACAUAAGGUGGAGAUUCAACUACGUGCCAUGAUGAACUUGGGAUCAUGGAAGAUGAGCAAUUCUGAGGGUGUAUGUUUAUGCAUCGGUGCAUCAAUUGUAUCGGUUAAAAAGGUCGAUGUGGGUGUUUUCUAUGUGGAUUUAACGGAACAAUUUCUAAAA